UGUUAUGCCAGUUCCGACAACAAUCUCCGGUUAAGCUCAUCAUAUUUUUCUGGCAAUACGCAAUGGAUAGUCUCAAUCCUUAUUGGCUGAAUGAUAAUUAUCUUGCCCAAGUCCUGCGGUCAGUGGAGGAUGGAGCCAAGGAAGUGAAAGUGAUCAAAUACAGAUGCCAGCGUGCUGUUCCACCAGGAGCUAACUAUCUGAGUCAUCUGUUCAGAGUCAGCGUGGAGUACAAGACUGAUCGAGUUAAGACUGUAUCUCUCAUCAUCAAAACCCACUGGAGUCUGGAUUUGUACGGGAGGUAAUGGAAAAAAUGAGAGUAAACACACAGGAGCUUAAAGUGUACAAUGAAAUUCUUCCGAAGAUGUAUGCCUUACAUAGCAUGAGGAUAUCAGCAACACCGUUCCUUUGCCCUUUGAAGAGUUUUCUAGUCCUGGAAGAUCUUCGGGAAAAUGGAUAUAAGAUGGCAGACAGGUUGCAACAGCUGGACUUUGUUCAUUGCCAUCGUUUCCUCGAGAGUCUAGCGAGAUUUCAUGCCUUGUCGGUGUUAGCACAGCAGAGACACCCCGAGCUGUUUGAGGAGUUCAGGCUGCACCCAUUCUUCCCAAAAGAUGACCCUGAGGGUUCAAAACUAACAAUGCAGGAGCAAACAAUAACUAUAAUGAACAGACAUGUUGAUACCGUCGAGAAACUGGAAGAUUGUGAGCGCUUUGUUGGAAUGAUUCGUAAAAUUUCCAUUCGUUUCUGGGAUAAAAUGGUCGAGAUCACGACACCUGGAGAUGGACUAUUAGUCCUGAACCACGGUGAUACCUGGACCAACAAUAUCAUGUUCAAGUACAACGACACUGGCGAUGUUGUAGAUGUCAAAUUGGUUGAUUUCCAACUGAGCCAUUUGAACUCGUUUGCGUUGGACAUUAUUUUAUUCUGGUUUAGCAGCGCCAACGAGGUCGUUCGAGAUCACCACCGAGAAGAGCUUUUUGAAGUUUACCGACAAACUUUGAACACGACUCUGUCUGAGCUACAGUGUAGUGAGGCUCUUUCAAAAGAAGACUUUGAUCUUGAGAUGAAAGCCAAGGCUCCGUUUGCGAUUCAGGUCAUGCAAGGCCUGCUAGGAGUAGCAAUGGCAGAUCCGCAAUGUGUACAGGAUGUCACAACACCGGAGACUAACGACGCCCUUAUGUACUGUUUUACACAGAAUUUUAAGAGCAAAUAUUAUCGAGAGGUAUUGCCUAGAAUUUUAGCACAGAUUGAAGACUUUGGUGCAUUUCAAUAGACAAAUAUAUUUUUGUAAAUUAGGUCCUUACAGAAAAUGUUUUCUUGUUCCGAAACCUACAGUGUUCAAUAUAUACUUUGUAAAGUCA